CAAACGAUGCGUUGGAACUCAAUCAGCCUAAUGCAAUCAUCGGUAUAUAAACACAUGAAAGUCACACACAGACAUAUAUUGCUUUCUCUUAUGAUAGUAUUACACACAAGCAAUUAAAACACGCACAAACACACCCACAGAAACACGCACUACUUCUUCUCUCUUUCCAACGAAGAAAAAUCCAUAAAUUCAACAGAGAAAAAUCCAUAAAUCCAUAAAUUCGUCGGCAGAUGGAAGUUGUUGGCCGGAAAAUGGCGGGCUUGCACGGCCUCAAUUUCAUGGAGACCGAACUCUGCCUCGGCCUUCCCGGCGGCGGCGGAGGAGAGAGUACUGAUCCGAUAAAAACAACAGGGAAAAGAGGCUUCUCCGAGACCGUUGAUCUGAAACUCAACCUUCAAUCCAACGAACCACCUUCUUCCUCCGAUCUGAUCAAUAUCUCUUCCACAGAGAUCAACGCCAUGCUUCCUCCAAAGGAUCCAAUCAAACCACCUGCCAAGGCACAAGUGGUGGGGUGGCCGCCGGUCCGGUCGUUCAGGAAGAACAUAAUAUCUCAUCAGAAGAGCAGCAGCCCCGCCGAUCAGCAGGACUCCGACAAGGCGGCGGCGGCGUGCAGCGCCGCCUUCGUGAAGGUGUCGAUGGAUGGGGCGCCGUAUCUACGCAAAGUAGACCUGAAGAUGUACGGAGCCUAUCAAGAGCUCUCUGAUGCAUUAGCCAAAAUGUUCAGUUCCUUCACAAUGGGUAAUUAUGGGAGCGAAGGAAUGAUAGAUUUCAUGAAUGAAGGGAAAUUAAUGGAUCUAUUGAACAGUUCUGAAUAUGUUCCCACUUAUGAAGAUAAAGAUGGUGACUGGAUGCUCGUGGGUGAUGUACCAUGGGAGAUGUUUGUUGAUUCAUGCAAGCGCAUUCGAAUCAUGAAAGGAUCGGAAGCAAUUGGACUUGCACCAAGAGCCAUGGAAAAGUGCAAGAGUAGAUGCUAAUCAAAUGAAACCAUGUAAUAAAAUUACUUGGUUUAUGGAGCAGCAAGUUAUUAUUCCUAUCAUAUUCUGCUAGUUUAAUUUGUUUAAUUUUCAUAUUUUUUAAUUAUUAUUUUUCUCCUUUUUUUUUCUUUUCGUGACGACGUGUCUGUAUCUCAUUUGUUAGUAUAUAUAUAGAUAUGAAAGGUGUCAAGACAAAAUUUGUAUUAAUUAGACAAGAAGCAAAUGUACUCAUCUGUUAUUGUCUGGCGCAUGUGUGUGUUAUUAUUAAUUGUAUGUCUAAUUUGGCUUUGUUUAAAUUUAAUAAUAAUCAUCCCAAAACUCUGUUUGUUCUCU